AUGAACAAAGAGAUUAUGAGAAACACCCAUAAAGCUUUGUGUUCUAAUAAGGUCAAGGCGAGGGAUGAUAUCGGUCUUCAUGACCCAAAAGAUGAUCCUCCAAAUUGGGGCUAUUAUUCAGAUGGGGAAUCUCUCCUCUCUCAUGUGUUGGAAGGUUGGGAGGUAUUCAAGGAGCUUAGCAAGGAAUUAAAGAAAAAUUUUGAGAGAGGAAAAAGAUCAAUAAGGGCUUCUCUGGUGCCUUCUUCAAUAGCGCCACAUCAGUUUCUUCUCAUGUUCUAUGAAAAAAAAUUAUGGGGCUGGCUCCAAAAGGAUCCUAAGAUCAUGAGCAAAUCACAGCACUUCCCGUAUAUCAUAAAUCUCUUGGUCAUAUAUGGAAUCCAAACUGUCAUUCUGCCAAUUAGCAUGCUCGUCAACCAAGUAGAAGUGCAAAAGUAA